UCUGCAUCAGCACAGUGUCUCUUGGCAUCACUUCUUCCUCUGGUGUCCAUCCAGCGUCAUGUGAAAGAGGGUUCAACGGUGGUGUGUCUCUCCUCUAGACCGGACCCUCCUCCGUCGAGCUCACGGUCAGUGCCGACGCCCCGGUAGUCCCCGGUAGUCCCGGUGGGGGUAGCAGCGUCCCUGUCCCCGCUGCUGUUCCCGUGUUCAUCCUGCAUCCCUCGGCGUGGAGCAGAGCGGAGGAUGAGCGAGCAGGGGAAGGGCUCAGCGUCCGCCUCCGCUGCCUCGGCGGCGACCACGGCGACUCCGGGUCCGGGGUCGGAUACCUACAAAGGCUGGCUCUUUAAAUGGACCAACUAUCUGAAGGGGUACCAGCGGCGGUGGUUCGUCCUCAGCAACGGCCUGCUGUCAUACUACAGGACGCAGGCAGAGAUGGCCCAUACGUGCCGAGGAACAAUCAACUUGGCCACGGCACACAUCGACACAGAGGACGCCUGCAAUAUUGUCCUGAGCAGUGGCGGCCGGACGUACCACCUGAAGGCUAGCACAGAAGUGGAGCGGCAGAGAUGGGUCACGGCGCUGGAGUUGGCCAAAGCUAAAGCCAUCCGCAUGAUGAACGAUCAGUCUGAUGACUCGGGGGACGAGGAGCCUACAUCCCAGUCGGACCGCAGCGAGCUUCAGGGCACCCUGAAGAUACUCGUCAGCAAGCUCGAUGACCUCAGCACAUGUAAUGACCUGAUCGCCAAGCACGGGGCGGCCCUGCAGCGUUCCCUGAGUGAACUCGAGGGUCUGAAAGUCCCUGUGGAGGGAGGGGAGAAGAUCAAGGCGGUCAAUGAGCGAGCCACCCUCUUCCGCAUCACUUCCAAUGCUAUGAUCAAUGCGUGUCGAGACUUCUUGGACCUAGCAGAGACUCACAGUAGGAGAUGGCAGCGGGCGCUGCAGUAUGAGCGAGAGCAGCGUACCCACCUAGAAGAGACCAUUGAGCAGCUAGCCAAGCAGCAUAACAGCCUGGAGCGAGCGUGGAGAGAAGCACCCACGCUUGUUUCCACCACACCCAGUGCCCCUACCGCCAACAAGGGAGGGAGUGGGAGGCUGCGCAAAGAAGAGGCGAGUGAUGAAGAUGAGGAUACUGAGUACUUUGAUGCCAUGGAGGAUUCCCCUGCAUUUAUCACAGUGACUGCCACUGAGAACACACAGCACAGGAGAUCUCAGAGUAAUUUGAGCGGAGCGAGCGGAGGUCAGCCUAAUGACUGGAACCAGGACGAUCAUAUGUCUCCAAGCUGUAAUGAUGUGUCAGGGAAGGAGCUGCUGCCCCGCAGACAGAGGCGGACUCAUGUCCCAGACAAGCCCAACUACUCCCUCAAUUUGUGGAGCAUCAUGAAGAACUGCAUCGGCAAGGAGCUCUCCAAAAUCCCCAUGCCUGUAAACUUCAACGAGCCUCUGUCCAUGCUGCAGCGUCUCACCGAGGACCUCGAGUAUCACGAGCUUUUGGACAAGGCGGCGCGCUGCGACUCCUCCCUGGAACAGAUGUGCCUGGUCGCUGCCUUCUCCGUCUCGUCCUACUCCACCACGGUCCACCGGACAGCCAAGCCAUUCAACCCCCUCCUGGGCGAGACCUACGAGCUCGAUCGACGGGAGGAGUACGGCUACCGCUCGCUGUGUGAGCAGGUGAGCCAUCACCCCCCUGCAGCUGCACAUCAUGUGAUUUCCCAACGAGGCUGGACCCUGUGGCAGGAAAUCACCAUCGCCAGCAAGUUCCGUGGCAAAUACCUCUCCAUUAUGCCUCUGGGUGCCAUUCACCUGCACUUCCACUCCAGCGGGAACCACUACGUGUGGAGAAAGGUCACGUCAACCGUGCACAACAUCAUUGUGGGCAAGCUGUGGAUUGACCAGUCGGGGGACAUUGAGAUUGUGAAUCACAGAACCAAGGAGACCUGUCAACUCAAGUUCUCUCCCUACAGUUAUUUCUCCAGGGACGUUCCACGGAAGGUGACGGGUGUGGUGGCAGACAGCGGAGGCCAAGCUCACUACAUCCUCUCUGGUACGUGGGAUGAUAAAAUUGAGAGUGCCAAGAUCGUUCAGAGCAGCCGAGGGGGCAGUGGACAGAAGACGGUCUACCAGACGUUGUCUCCCAAACCUCUGUGGAAGAAAUACCCUCUCCCGGAGAACGCUGAGAACAUGUACUACUUCUCAGCGCUGGCACUGACCCUGAACGAGCAGGAGGACGGAGUGGGACUCACUGACAGCCGUCUGAGACCAGACCAGAAGCUGAUGGAGGAAGGGCGAUGGGAUGAGGCAAACUCAGAAAAACAGAGGCUAGAGGAGAAACAAAGAGCCGUGAGGAGGAGGAGGGAAGCGGAGGCCUCAGACGCUCUGGAUGAAGAGUGUGAUUAUGACUCUGGGAAAGAAUACGAAGGUUACCAGCCGUUGUGGUUUCACCAGAGGAGGGACUCGGUCACUGGAGAGACAAACUUUGUGUACAAGGGAGGUUACUGGGAGGCGAAGGAGAAACAGGACUGGAGCAUGUGUCCUAACAUCUUCUAACCCAGGAACUCACCAAGGAUCACACCUAACCUCAUCGGACAGGGAACUGCUCUGCCUCUGGUCCUUCAGCAAUGGGGCGUAGCUGGCUUAUGAGCACCAUGUGGACCUUUGGUGAGCAUGAGAAGGUGUGUGUUUCACACACUCUUGGAUUACCUCCAAAUACUUGCUCUGUUUUUACUAUGGGGAAAAAGAAGGGGCGUUCCCUGACUUUUUGGCACUAUACUGAAACAGCAGUGAGGUAAUGUGUGGAUGUGUGAGGUGGUGUUGGAGUUGCAACACCACACGAUAACAGCACCUGCACACUCCUGAAAUCAGGUGCUCCAUAAAUCUUACUCACAAUGCACUUUCCUGUGUUCACCCCAUUUAAGAGUUUUUACCGAUUGGACAGAAACCCAUUUCAAAGCAUUAUAGACUGACAGCUAACAGGGACAAAAUCAUAAACGGGCACAUAGAAGCAGAACAGUGUUGAAUACACCUCAGUACUUCAGAAAAGUGUCCUCAUCCUUUGUUUUAUUCGGCACAAUUGAGAUUACGCCAGACCUACUUUAUAAAUCUUAAAUUAGCUCCCUCUUUCUCUUUACAGGAAUGAUUUCAAGUGCUCAUUAUUUGCCCCUUUUAGUUGCUUAAGAAAGAGGCUAAGGCCUGAAAAUGGUGUCUGGAAAUUUCUGUCUAUUAGAUGUUGUUAUCAGUUAUGCAGACACAAAGUGUCCAAAAUGAAUUCAAUAAAUAAGACAUUCUGAAAAAAACAUAUUGAUAUAAAUACCUACAGACAAGAUAGGUAACAUAAACAUGAUUUUGUGAAAUAAUAAAAUAAAAUAAUAAUUUUACACAGCUCUUUAUACAGUAUAACAUGUUAUUUCAUGCUGCUUAUUUUCGCAAUCGUUUUUUUGGCAAGUCAGUUUUAUUACUUUUAGUUUCUUAUUUUUAUAAUUCCUUUUCUAAAGCAAAAAGUCUCAAGACAAACAGGGCAGAGCCAGGUACAGUAUGUGAUUGGCUUCGAUCUGAAUGAGCUGACACGCAAAGUGGUGGUAAAACUGGCACUAAGAAAAAUGACAUUGUGAAAUAAAUACACAUUUUGUAAAAAAGGGCAUUUUGAAAUGGAAAAAUUGCUGGAAAGAAAUAAAAGAAAUAAAUAAAACCGGCCCGCCAUAAGCAGGGCUUUUUAAAAAAAUGUAUUGAAUUAUUUCACAUUUUUAUUGUUGUAUUACAUAUUUUAUCUGUAUUUAAUAUUAUGGAUCAUUUACUGCAUAAUGUCUUAUUUAUUUUAAUUUAACGCUUUGGGUCUCCAAAACCAACGGCUAAUAUUUGAUUGGGCAAACCGUCUUUCUUAUACAGCAGAGGCUGGUUUGUCUGAACUGAUGAAAUCUAUAUUACUUCAUAAAUUACAUUACAAUUUUUAGUCUGUGAAGUAGUCAAUUAGAUUAGAGUCCAUGUAGAGAUAAUAUGGCUGCUUAUUCAUUUCAUAUGUUAAAUAUGAAUUGCCUCUAUGCUCCAAUGCAUUUCAGUCUUCUAAACAUGCUUCAGACAUCUUCCUUUUGUGAUUCUGAUUGUAAAACUCUGCAGUAGUGGGUCCUUUAGUAUUAGAGUAAUGCAACAGUUACCCAUUAAACAUCCGUAUCACUCUAAUCUCCAUCACAGAACUAAAUAAGCACUUUUCACUGUGGCAGAUCAGACAUUAGUACAUAUCUCUGUGUUGAUGUACAUGUACUUUACCUUGUCCGCUGGUGCUCUCCCAUAGCAACACAUAUCGUAUCCUUGGUGACCAUUUUCAGUGACAUCAUUCUUAGUGAUCAUAGUCUGCACCAAAGACAUUCAGUGAUUACCACCCAGUACAUACAGGAGCAUGUUGGUUUAGCAUAGACUCUAUAUAUACAUGGACGACGCGUCUCCACUUCCUUCCACUGUACAGAAAUGAAACCAGAAUAUCCUGGAUAACAGGAGCUGCCAUCAGCCGCAGUAUCGAGGUCACCUGCCCAAACCAAUCGCUGGCCAAGCACGGCCGCAGCUUGUCAGCGAGGGAGACUCACAGCUGUCAAUCAUGACGUCUCACCCCCUUUUUCAUAGCAUCAAAUAACUCAUUAAAAACAAACUUAUCAGAAAGAUUAACAUUUGAACGUACAUUAGUGCGAUAAGAACUACCUAAAAAUGUUAAAAAAAAUCUUUGGGAACAAUUUAUUUGACAUGUAUUUUGACUUUUUAGUUUGGCCCAUGUCCCAUCCGCUAACAUGGAGGAGGCGGGCUUUAUGACAUAUACUGCAGCCAGCCACCAGGGGGCGAUCGAGAUGUUCUGGCUUCACUUAUGGAGAGCUGUCAUGUCGUCCGUCUUUAUAUACAGUCUAUGGUUUCUAUAGUGUGCAUUGCACUGGUUCCAACAGUCACUAGUUUGUCACUCAGAUGUUUCCAGGAGGACGACCGUACGUGAGACUGGAGCGGUUUCUCUGAGGAGUCCAGAGUGGCUUCAGCUGACAGGAGGUCAAAGGUUAUAGAAGCAGACAGGGCUGGUUCCUGUAGCACACCUCUGUGCAAUUAGCUCCAGCCACAGGAGACUCCCUACAGAGCUGCCGCUCCACGCUCAACACAGCUCACAUGUGUAGUCCUUUCAUUUGUGGACAUGCUGAUCUGGGAUCAGCUCACGAAGGUACCCCUCGGUCUUUUGCCUUUAAUUGACUGAACAAGGGAAGAGUCCCCUGACCUGUGCACUACAUGUCUACGGAGACAAGAGUUUUGAAAACCAGUUAGUAUUUUUUUGUAAUUAUUGUUAGGAAUGUAGAAUUCAAGGCUGGAGGUAUUGUAUCUACCGUCUAGUCUAUUUGUGUGAAUAUUUUGUGAUAAAAGAAUGAUAUUGUAAAAUGAAGAAUAAUUAUACUAAUCUGAGUAUUAAGUUAUCUGUACAGUACAGCUGAAAACAAAUUGACUGAAUGAGCCUGAAGGAUUUGCUGUAAUUUUAACUUUUAAUCCAGAUUGAUUCUGAAAAGAUGGAAUCCUGAGGCAACCUCAAUUUGGCUGCAGAUUUCUUGUUUUAUAUUUCCAAAAACUGUCUUAACACACUGAAAAUAUUUUUUAUAGAGUCCUUAAUACGAGCACAUUAGCAACCGUGGUUCAGUGAUUUCAUAGAUCAACACAUCUGGCAGUUCCUCUGACGUGCAGGCCAUAAAGACGUAUAAAGGCACUGGAAAAGAAAUCAGUUCACAUCGAAUAUUCACAGAGUGAAGGAGAUGUUCAGUAUGAUAAUAUGAUCUGGUAAAAUGUGAGAUUAUUUAUCCGUGAAUUAAUGAUUUGUUAAUGAAAUGAAUGAUGAUUGAUGCUUUUUGUUUUGCACAAAAGAUGCUUCUUCAGUCCAUUUACAUAGAAGGUUUUAAUGCAUUUUUGAUUUGUGGUAGUCAUGAGCACAGUUUGAUGACUCACUAAAUCUCUCCAGAGUGACAUGCUUAAAGAAUAAUUCAACAUGUUUGGAAAUACACUUUUUUUUGUCAUUUGAGAGUGGUAUCAAUCUUCUCGUCUCUAACUUUUGGCAAAAAUGUGAAUACGCAUAUUUCCCAAAAUGUCUAACUAUUCCUUUAACUUAACUAAUUACUAGGGCUGCACAAUUAAUAAAAACUUUAUUGAAAUUGCAAUAUGGCUUACUGAAAUCUUCAAAUUGCAGGAGGUGCAAGGCGAAAUGUGUGUCAAGAUACCAUUUUAAAGGACCACUGUGUAACAUUUCGGGGGAUCUAUUUGCAGAAAUGGAAUAUAAUAUUCAUAACUAUAUUUUCAUUAGUGUAUAAUCACCAAAAACUAAGAAUCGGGACCUCUUUACGUAGUCCGCCAAGUUCCGCCAUGUUUCUACAGUAGCCCAGAAUGGACAAACCAAACAAACCAAAUCAAACCUUGGCUCUAGAGAGAGCCUUUCAUGUGUUUACGUUACCUGAAGGCCACCGUAGUUCUCCGACACGCUUGUGAAACUGUGGUAAUGUGAGUUGCAGAGUGCAAAACUGUGGUACCGCCAGCCGCCGUCUGAUCAGUCAAACUAAUCGCAAUUAGAUAUUCUUUCAAAAUCGUGCAGCCUUACUAAUUACUGCUUUGGUUCUUCUCUCAUCUAUCCACUUCACACAGACUCUAACAUCUUCUAGCGGUACAUAGAUACAAGCUAUUGAUAGAGGUUGUGUACGCUUAAAAUCAUAUCAAGGGUGUCACAUAUAAGGAUGGACACCAUUGCAGCAAGAUGUUGCAUUUUUGCUAUCUUGAAAAUUGUACAGUUAAAUGAAUGGCGGUGAAUUGUGCAAAUGGAAAGUUAGUGAUUUCCUUUCUCAGUGAUCAAUUUGAAGACUUUACUAGAGGUUUACUUAAAUAUAUUGUGUUUGAGAUGAUUUUAUAUUUGAGAAUACAUGUUAUAUUUUGAAUGAUAACAGAGAGCUCAUCAUGCGUUUUAAUCCGUGCAUUUCCAAAUAACGUAACCUCAGUACUUGAUGGUGACUUGCCUCCUGAAGUUCGCUCCAGCGAGGGCCUGUACGGUAUCGGACGGCUGUAGCAAUAACGCAGUGAGGUGUAGUUGUGUUAACUCAUGACUGUUGUUGCUUCAGACAGAGCAUGUGUCUGCCUCAUGCAGAAAGGGAAAAAACAACCAAAGUGUGUGUGGAGAGUGAAGUGUAGACUAAAAAACCUCUUCAUCUGCCUUCCCUAUCUGGGAGGGUUCUAAUGUAAACCCCCUCUCAUUGUUUCUCUCACUUCAUCUCACUUAAUUCACUAUGGUGUGAUUUUUUUUUUUUUUUUUAGCUUUAAUUUUUACGCUUUUAUUUUCCGGUUUCUACCUUUCUCAUGGGUGCCAUUAUUCUUACGUUGGUGUUUUCAUACUGUCUGUAUGCAUAAUGAGCUUGAUUUGUGUGCACGCUUGGCACACAUUUCCUUCUCAUUCGAUGCUGCUCAGUUUUGAGGUGGAAGUAAACUAAUGAAGAGAUUUUUCUUGCCUUGUCUAAACUGAACCCUGCUUCUCCUCUGACUGUGACUCACGGCUUUGUUGUGAGACGGUGAUGUUCAUAAUCUGUAUGAUGAUGAAAGCUAUGAGACGCAUCACAACAGCGGCCUGGUGCAGGAGGUCAGAGGUGAUUGACCUGCCUUGACUACUACUUCUCUUACUCCCCAAAUACAUGUAGGUGUAUUCAGGUGUAACUGCGGAUUCAACUGAGGUUUCGCUUCUUUUUUUUAAAUUGUGUAUUUUCUCCCUUAAUUUAUACUCGUAUAACAUACAAUAUUGUCUUUAAACGACAAAGACACAAUAAUGAAAAAAGAAGAUAAUAAAGUUGGUAUUGUUGACACUGAA